AAUUAGAAUAACGAUAAUAGAAAAGAGAGAGCGAUAUAUAUAGGUUACGGCGAAAGCCAUAGCCAUAGCCAUAGGAUUGGAUUUUGUGUCGAAUUAGGGUUUGCUAGUGGCCAACCCGAUUGAGAUCGGCAUUCGGAAACAGUGAGCUUGGAUCGCCUGGAAUCGGGUGUGUUAGUUUAGAUUCAACUUGUGGCUGUGAUGAUCCAGACUCAGUAAAGACUAGGGUUUCGAAUCUGAGAGUAGUAGAUUGGGGUUUUACGAUUUGAUCGGACCAGAAAUUGAAACUCUUAACUAAAGACUUGGGGGAUUGGAGCAGGAAAAACAAAAAGAAGGGUUGUUGGGAUUUAUACAUAAUAUGCGGGGAUUGCAGAAACGGGUUUCUUGGGCUUCAGAUGUUAAUCUUUCACAGGUUAAGCUGUUUCUGUUGGAGGACUCUCCGUCACAAGUUGGGUUGAGUGCUCAAGAUCACCUCCAAGCAAAGACAUCAUGGUUGUCACAUUCAUCUGGAACAGGCUCUGACGACAAUCUGCCCCCUGGUUUUGAAAGUGCUCAUCCAGCAAAUCAGCUGCAGAUAGACUUGUCUCAAAUUCCUUUAAUUAGAUGGAAAUCUCCUCCGAGGGUUGUACUGAACUUGGCUUGGCAAGUUGUUGCUGGGGAAGAAAGCAAAGAGGUAGAGAGUGAAAAUCAGAGAGAGUUACGAGUACUGGAAGCAGUUUAUCCACGACCAUCUGCUAUUCCUCUAAACCCCUUUGUAGAUGUGGAGGAGUCUAGUCACAAUGAUGUACAACCUCUUUCGAUACCUAUUACUCCUAUUGAAGAGGAAGAUGUAGCAAUUGGUACAUCAUCUGAAUUCAUGGUGCCAUUUAAGAUUCCCACAAGUUCACAAUCCUACCUAUCAAUGCAUGGAACUCCAGCUCAAUCUCAAAGCAGUGCAGCUAAUAAUAGAAAUCUCAUUGCCUCUAGUAAGCCAACAGCUGGGACUCCUAUUGGGGUAGAACCGAAUGUUGUAGCUGCUGCCUCUGCUGCCCUUGGUGCAAUCAUGAAUGGCAAUAAUGAACAUGGAAAUAUGAUUGACCAUGAAUUGCUGAUUCAGAUUCUGAGCAACCCAAAGAUGAUUGAGAAAUUGGUUACAGAUCCACAGGCAGUGACUAGAUCACCAUCCAUGACUUCAUCAGAUCCAUUUCCGCUUCACAUUAAUAACACAGAAAGUAUUGCACCUUUGUCAACCGCUCCAUCAAGUGGACAUUUCUAUCCUCAGGCAAAUAUGGGUGGAAUGGGACAUCUUUCUGAUCAAUCUUUGUUAUCAAGCAUUCCAGUUUCCUCCUCGCCUUCUGUCGGACCACCACCAGCAAAGGAUAUCAACUAUUAUAAAAGCUUGAUUCAACAACAUGGAGGGGAUAGACACGACUCCUUCCCACCAUUUGGCAAUCGUCCUAGCCACCAUUCGGCAAACCAAGAAUCCUUUAAUGGUUACAAAUCAAGGGAUUCAAAGCCUAAGAUUAUGAAGCCUUGCAUAUACUUCAAUAGUUCAAGGGGAUGCCGCCAUGGAGCAAAUUGUUCAUUCCAACAUGAUGCAUCUUUCCAACAGCAGGGUAGUCGGGUGCCCGAGGUCCAGAAUGCUAAGAGAAUGAAAGUUGAUAGGGAGAUAAGUAGUUAAUGUAGUUCUUGUAUGUACAUUUUUCAUUUCAAAUGAAGAGCCUUAGUGUGGCUCAAGUUUCUUUGGAGUUGAUUUUGUCAACAUUUGUUUAAUUUAUUACCAUAAUCACUCUUGUUAGAGCA